AUGUCCCGGCAACAAGAACUAGUGGGAGGUCAAGCCUUCGGGCCAUUUCACCCGGGUCACUGUGGCCCCGGCGCGGGGCUCCCGGGGGCGGCCGCCUUGCGCCAGCCGACGCUCCCGCUGCGCAGACCGAGGGCUGGGUGCGGGCCGGGGGCCGGGAGGGCUCUGGGUGGCGCUGCCUCCUCCCCGCCCGCCUCCCCUAUUUACCUCCUCCGCCAAGGUCACGGCCCCGCGGCGUCUCCGCUCCCGGGCGGGCUGGGUGCAGGCGGUGUCAGCUGGCGGCAAGCGGAGCAGCGAGGCAGGGCAGCUUCAUCACACUCGCGGCGGAUGCGGAUUCCGCGCCGCCCCGGCUGUCGCUGCUCAGGCGACCGCCACCCUCGCCUCGCCGCCGCCCGUGCACAGGCGGCUCCGGCAGCCGCCACUCGCGCCCGCUCCCCUGGGCCGCCUCGCUGGCUCGCUCCCUCCUCCGCUUCUUCUCCCGGGGACUGGGACCAGCCGAGCGCGCGCGGGAGUCGAGACGCCCGGCCCGUGCGCGCGACUGGGAGGAGGGAGGAGGGGACAGUCACGUGGGACAGGGGCGUCCGAAGGUGCCGGCUCGGAUGGGCUCGGCUCGGCCGCCGCCACACCGCCCGCGCCUCCCGGGCCUCCCCGGCCUCCCCGCCCUCGCGCCCCUCGGGAGGCUGUAGUCCUGCCCCCGGCGCGGCCAGCCCGCCCUCCCGCACACCCCGCCCGCCCGCCCGCGCGUGUGUACGUGCGCCAGAGGCCUGGAGAGACCGGAGUUUAACGCCCAGUACCCCAGAGAGCUCCCUUGUAACCUUUCUACCACAUGACGACACAGCAAAAAGAUGGUCAUCUAUGAACCAGACAUUGGGCCCUCACCAGACACUGGAUCUGCUGGCAGUCUGAUCUUGGAUUUCCCAGCCUCCACAAUUGUGAAAAAUAAAUAUUUGUUGUCUAUAAACCACCCAGUCUACGGUAUUUUGUUAUAGCAGCUGGAACUGACUAAAACAAACAGAGAGGGCUGGAUUAGCACUAAGAACAGCAUGGACAAAAUAUAACUGAACAUCAGUCUGAAUGAGAAAAGAUACUGGGUUUUUGCUUGUGGUUGAGAGCAAACUCAAUAUUGUUCAAAAAGAGCACACAUCUUCCAAAAUAAGAUAACAUAAGCACAAAUGGCACUUCUAGAAAUAUAGUGAUAGGGAAGUACCGAUGCAAUGAAGAGAGGUGUUAGAAAACAACGGGCCCGUCAAUACUUUGGCAGACAUGUCUAAAACAUCCUGGAUGGCAUGUGCCAUGGCUUUAAAUCCUUCAUUUAUGCUCCAACCCCACCUCUGUGAUGUAAGAUCCGGGAGCACAGAGAUUUUGUC